UUUAGGCUGAGUCAUGUUCUCUUAAAGGCUGAGUCAUGUUCACUUUCGGUGGGACGCUUCGGAGUUUUACAUUGUACUCGGCGUAGUGUCACCUGGACCAGAGCCAUAGCUGGACACUUGGAUCCUUGGAUUCUUACUGUAACGGCAGCAGGCCGUCGCGCACAGUGCCAUGCACAAGCCUCUGUUGGCUGCUGAAGUGUCAGAGCCCGGGCCCCAGCCAGGCCUGGGGGGCCCCGUGAUUGGCAUCAUCGGCUCCGGAGACUUCUCCCGCUCGCUGGCGGCGCGGCUGGUGGCCAGUGGCUUCAGGGUGGCGGUGGGCAGCCGAGCGCCGGGCCGCGUGUCCCGCGCUGCGUUUCCUGCCGGAGCGGAACUGUGCUCCCAGGGGGAGGCGGCGCAACGGGCAGAUCGGCUGCUGUUCGUUGCUGUCUACCCAGAGCACUACCACAGCCUGCUGGGGCUCAGCCAGCAGCUGCAGGGGAAGGUGCUGGUGGACGUUAGCAACGCCAGCAGCCUAAGCAGACAGGAGCAGUCGAAUGCAGAGAGGCUGGCUCAGCUGUUCCCACAGAGCUCGGUGGUGAAGGGCUUCAAUGUGCUGAGUGCAUGGGCGCUGCAGGCUGGAGCCUGCGAUGGGAACAGGCAGGUCCCGAUCUGCAGCGACGAAGCCGACUCUAAAGUGGCCGUGCUGCAGCUGGCCCGGCGCCUGGGCUUCAGCCCUGUGGAUGUGGGUGGCCUGUGUGCAGCCAGAGGCGUAGAGGAAGCCCCGCUGGUCCUCUUCCCGUCCUGGGGACGCCCCAUCCUGCUCACCUUCCUCCUCUUCCUCUUCUUCUAUGGAUACAACUUCCUGAGGCACAUCCUGCUGCCCUUCCUCGAUCAGGGAGAGAACAACUUCUACCAGCUCCCAUUGGUCACUGUCAAUGACACACUGCCGGCCGUCGCCUUGGUUACGCUGGCGCUUGUCUACCUACCAGGUCUGGUGGCAGCUGUCUUCCAGCUGGCCAGGGGAACCAAAUAUAAGAGAUUUCCUGGUUGGCUGGACGGCUGGCUGUGCAGUCGGAAGCAGUUGGGCCUGCUGAGCUUCCUCUGCGCUGGACUCCAUGCUGUAUACAGCAUGUGUCUGACACUGCGGAGCGCUGCAGGCUACACUCUGCUAAACACUGCUUACCAUCAGGUGAAAGCUGGUGUUGAAAACUCAUGGGUGGAGCAGCUGGUUUGGAGGUCCGACCUUUACCUGUCCUGUGGAAUUCUGGGAUUGGGAAUCCUGGCUCUGCUGGCAGUUACCUCUCUGCCCUCUGUGGGAAAUGCCCUCAACUGGAGAGAGUUUACAUUUGUUCAGUCAGGACUUGGCUAUGCAGCCUUAACUCUCUCCAUCAUGCACACUCUCUUCUUCGGCUGGGACUUUGCCUUCUUCCCUUCGGCCUACCGUUACUACCUACCCCCGGUGUACCUGCUGGCCCUCAUCCUGCCCUGCACCGUCCUGGUGGGACGGGUCUUCCUGGCUCUGCCCUGCCUGAUGUUCAGACUGGCAAAGAUCCGCAGGGGCUGGGAGUGCACACGACACCGCCCCCCAAACCAUCUGGAGCCAGAGGCAACUGGAGACGUCUAGGGGUUAUAAGAAGGGCAGCCAGAGGUGUCUUUUCUCUCUGUGAAAGUGUAAACUCCACUUCCUCUGUGCUUUGACAAGGCUAAAGCAGGACAUGAAGUCAUGGCUGCCCCCUUCCUCUCUGACACUAACAAGAAUAAGACCCAGAGAGAGAGAGUGAGCAAGAGGUCAUUUAGAGCAGUGAUAGAACCUGGCAGGGAUCCUGCUGUGGACUUUGUUUUAGUCUCAGAACUUUUAAAGCGAGAUUUUUCAAGUUUAUAUGUUUGCAGUUAGGCUCCAGCAUCACUGCCAGGACACCAGGACAACUCUUCCACAACAGAGCCAGCACUGUGCCUUUAGCUGAACACUCCUACACUACACUGGAUAGAAUAUUGUUCAAUGCAUUCAUGCAGUAAUACACCUCUGCUUGAUACCAGGUUGAA